AUGGCUUCAGACUCACGGAGGAAAGUGGUCAGAUUUGUGGACGCCCUUCAGGAGCACGGCUCCCUGCCAUACCACAUAGUCUUUGAUAAGGUCUUUACAAGCGUCAAACUGAUGUCCAUUUUGAGGACAAAAGGGGUGAAGGCCACAGGAACUGUUUUUGAGUACAGAACCGAGCGUUGCCCCCUCAAGGAUCCCAAAGAACGGAGGAAAAAGAGAAAGGGCUCGUUUGACUCCAAGGUGGACGAGAGCGAGGAGAUCAUUGUGUGCCGCUGGCGCACCAGCCGCGUGGUGAAUAUCUGCUUCAAUGCCGUGGGCAUAGAGCCAGUGAGGCAGACCAGCCGCCACCCGGGAGCAGCCAAAGCUGGGGCACAGGUCCACCAGCCAUCCCUGGGAAAGCUCUAUCAGAAGAAGGCCAGAGAGGUUGACCAGAUGGACCAGAACAUCGCCGAGGACAAGGUGAAGAUCCGCGGCAUGAAGUGGGACUUCUCCAGCUACAUCAUCGACACGGCCCUCAACAAUACAUGGUGGCAGCUGCACCGGGUGACCCGGCGGGUGGAAACCAAGAGCCGCUUCGAUAUGAUUGGACAUUGGAUUGUCCAUCAGGACAAGAGGACCCAGUGUGCCCUCUGCCACUCACAGACCAACACCAGCUGUGAGAAGUGCCAGAAGGGUGUCCGUGCCAAGUGCUUCCGGGAGUACCACAUUCCGUGA